UGUCUUGGUCAAGCUUUAUGUGUGCAAACUUGUCUUUAUACAUCACUACAACUAGAGCCUCUUCCCUCGAUUCUCUUCACACAUUCUUCUGGUGUACGUCUGUAUCCAUAGCGUCUAGCAAGUUUGAUUAUCAUGGCACAAGCACCAUCUUCUUCUUCUUUUACCCACACAUACACUUAUGAUGUCUUUCUUAGCUUUCGUGGUGAAGAUACCCGCACUGGUUUUACUGGCAAUCUUUAUAGUGCUUUGAGUCAAAGAGGAGUCUUGACCUUCAUGGAUGAUUAUGAUCUAAAUAAAGGGGAAGACAUUACACCUUCUCUCCUCAAUGCAAUACAAAAGUCCAGGAUGUCCUUUGUUAUUUUCUCCAAAAACUAUGCAUCCUCAACAUUUUGUUUGAACGAACUUGGCCAGAUCCUUGAGUGUUACACAAAGCAAAAGAUGUUGAUUUGGCCAAUUUUCUAUGAUGUAGAUCCCUCAGAAGUGAGAUAUCAAAAGGGUAGUUAUGGUGAAGCAUUCGCCAAGUACGAACAGGAAAGAUUCAAGAAUGACAUAGAGAAGGUUAAAAAAUGGAGGUUGGCUUUGCGUCGAGUUGCUGAUUUGUCUGGUUCUCAUUUCAAACAUGGGGGAGGAGAAUAUGAGCAUGUGUUCAUCCGAAAUAUAAUAGAAAGGGUCUCUCGCAAGCUUAAUCGACCUCUUUUGCAAAUUGCUGAUUACCCUAUUGGAUUGGAAGCUCGUAUUCGAAAUGCACUGUCGGUUAUGGGUGCUGAAUUUGAUAACAAAGUCAACAUGCUUGGGAUUCAUGGUAUCGGAGGAAUAGGUAAAUCAACUAUUGCACGUGCUAUAUAUAAUUUGAUAGCACAUCAAUUUGAAGGUUCAUGUUUUCUUGCUAAUAUUAGAGAAAAGUCAACUAGGCAUGGCCUAGAACAGAUCCAAGAGACAAUGCUUUGUGAACUAAUUGGGGAGCGAAAUUUCAAGUUGGGAGAUGUGAACCAAGGAAUUCAAAUAUUAAAAGAAAGACUUCAACAAAAGAAAGUGCUUCUUAUUCUUGAUGAUGUUGACAAAAGGGAACAGCUACAAGCAACUGCUGGAGGAAUUGAUUGGUUUGGUUCUGGCAGCACUAUCAUCAUAACAACAAGGGAUAAGCAUUUGUUAGAUAUCCAUGGUGUGAAAAAUCUCUCUGAGGUUAAAAAACUCAAUGAUAUUGAAGCUCUUGAAUUGUUUAGCUGGAAUGCUUUAAAAAAUAAACAAGUUCACCCAAGUUACAUGGAAAUCAUAAAGCGUGCAGUACAUUAUGGCAGUGGCCUUCCAUUGGCUUUGGAAACAAUAGGUUCAAACUUAUUUGGUAAAGCAUUAGAUGAAUGGAAAUCAGCACUAGAAGCAUAUGAAGGAAUUCCCAAUAAAGAUAUUCAAGAUAUUCUUAAAGUUAGUUAUGAUGGCUUGGAGGAAAAUGAAAAGGAAAUUUUUCUUGACAUAGCUUGCUUCUUCAAAGGAUGCAGUGUGAGAUACAUUAGCAGUGUGCUACAAGCACGUGGUUUUCACCCUAAAUAUGGUAUAAUGGUGAAAUUAGUGUGA